AUGAUCUUACGAGCUUCGAAGAAUUAUUGCGACGCCGUAGAGAACCCCAGCGGAAUAUGCCCGCUCAAGUGCAUAGAUUCUUGCCCAUCCCUCUGCAAAAUCCCCACCCUCGAGAUCCCUCCGCCGCCUCCCCCUCCGCCGCCGGCAAAAUACCACCGCCUCUCGCUCCUCCUCACCGCCUCCCUCGCUGCCCUCGCCGCUUCCUUUUUUCUCUUCACCUGCUACACGAUCUACCGCCUCUACACCAACUGGUGCUCCCCCCGCCGCCGCAUCCGCCAGCGGCGGCAUCCAGAGGGAGAUGACGUCGGGCCGGAAAUUCUCCCCGAAGACCACCACAUAUGGCACAUCCGGACAGUUGGGCUCCAGCCGUCUGUGAUCGGCGCCAUCACGAUCGUUCGAUACGAAAAAGGGGAAGGCCUGAUCGACGGCUCGGAUUGCUCCGUGUGCCUUAACGAGUUUCAGGAGGACGAGACGCUGAGGCUACUGCCCAAGUGCAGCCACGCGUUUCACGUGCCUUGUAUCGAUACCUGGCUGAGGUCGCACACUAAUUUCCCCCUUUGCCGGGCCGGAAUCGUGGCCGAUCCAGCUGUCCAGGCCCAAAAUUCUCAGAUUCUGGGCCCGGGCCCAGGCCCAGAAGAAGGAGGCCGGAUGGGGUUAUCAGGGAGGAUUAGCCGGAGAGUUAUUGAUGUGGUGGGAUCAGAAAGUGAGUCUUCGGAGUUGGAGAUUGGGAUUAUUGUGAGUGCGGAUGAGAUGGAAUCAGAGGCUCUUAACCGGCCUAAAGCUAAUGUAGACGGGCCUAUGAGAAGAUCAGUCUCGGUGAAUUCUUUAUCCGUGAUGAUAGGAAUUUGA